UACAUCAAAUGGGACUCAAGUUUUUCAAUUAAAUAUUCCAUCUCCAGUUCAUGAACGGGAACCUGAUGACUGCGAUUUGAUUCCUUGUAUUCAUCCUGGUUAGCUCCAACGUCUGCAAAUAAUCUCAUGAGCAAGAAAAUAAAAGAAGGACCAUUUCUAAGAAACUGUUUUUAUCUCUGAAGUUUUUUACGCUGGUCCUCUGGCCUUUUGUAUCGAUUACGUCUUUGAUUUUUCAAAGAUAACGAGUAGAAAAGGAGAAAUGGUUCUGUGCUACUAGCUUGACUUGUAUUCACACGGUUAGCCUACUUGGAUGUGGACUUGACUCCCAUGUCAUGACAAGUUUAUUGGGUUGUAUUCACACAAGUUCCUUGAUAUUUCUUUGUAAAUCCAUUUAUUUAUUUGUCUUGUACAUUGGCGUUAUUCGCUAAUUAUUUGGCGUGGUCGUAGUUGGAGGCUGAUAAUGAUCACUGUCUAGGAAAAAAAAAUCAGAAAACUUGAUUAUGACUCCAAUGUAUAGAAAAAUCAACUGGCAAGAGAGUUUAAUUCUGAGUUGGUAUAGCGCAUUCGAUUGUAAUUUCAUAUCUUUUUUCUGAAACUUUCGAUUCCCAAAACCAAAGCAGCUCUUGCAAUGGUGAGAAAAGCAAAACUUGUGGGAGUACUCCUCAUAACGGUACUACUCCAUGUUUUGUUCCUUUCAAUUUGUGUUGCUAGUGAAAACCAGCCCUGCAGGCCCUCUUCUUGUGGGCAUAUCCGAAACAUCAGCAACCCUUUUCGAUUAAAAGGUGAUCCAUCUCGAUGUGGUGAUCCUGACCCUGCAUAUGAACUGGUUUGUGAAAACAACCGUACUAUCUUAUAUGGGAAAUACUAUGUCACGGAGAUCAACUACGAUAACUACACCAUUAAAGUAGUAGUUCCGGGGCUAGAGAAGGGCAACUGUUUCUCCACUCCUCCCUAUUCCUUGACAGGAUAUGAUGUAAAUCCAUAUAGACUUUUUUAUGGGCACAAUGCUAUAGUUUUGAUGAACUGCACCAGGCCAGUGAUCAGUGAUCGCAACUAUAUUCCUAUUACUCUUCGCAACACAAGCACCAAUGGUUCUUCCUUUUCUUCACAAUCGUAUGCUUAUGCUCUAGUUGGAGACUCCAAGCAGGUGAGAGAUCUUCCCUAUUCAUGCACCUUCGGCAUAACUGUUAUUACUGAUAAAUUCCAGGCAGGGUCAGAGUCCCCCAUUAGUUCAAUGUCAGAUUUGCAAGAAAUGCUGCUUAUGGGGAUUAAGUUUUCAUUCCUCUGCAGCAAAUGCAAUAUACAUCUACGGUGCAUUCCAAAUAUCAGUGACCACACUGUACGAUGCGUUGGCUUAACGUUUCUGGCGUUGUUGAAAGGCCUAGUGUAUAUGGUCUACUUUUGGAUCGAGACAAUUUUUCAUACUUCCUUUACAAUCCAAGGACUUAAAAAAUAUAUUGAUGUCACUUCUGCUUACUAUGUGAUUGUCUGGGUUCUUCAAAAGGCUGUCAUAAUAUUCAUUGGAGGGCGCACUGUGCUUGGGAUAUCUUGCCUGUUUGGCUGUUUAUUCUACAUGUUUCGACAGAGGCACUUGUCAGUAGACAAUAAUAUUGAAGAAUUUCUACAAAAUCAGAGAAAUUUCCAACCUAUCAAGUACUCGUAUUCACAAUUAAAGAAUAUGACCAAUAAUUUCAAGAAUAAAUUAGGCCAAGGAGGUUUUGGUUCUGUAUAUAAAGGAAAGCUUCAAAGUGGUCGUGCUAUAGCAGUAAAAGUGUUAAUCAUGUCAAAAUCUAAUGGACAAGAUUUCAUUAGUGAAGUCGCUACAAUUGGAAGAAUUCACCAUGUUAACGUGGUAAGACUUGUUGGGUUUUGCGUAGAAGGAUCAAAAUGGGCCCUUAUAUAUGACUUUAUGCCAAAUGGGUCUCUUGAUAAGUUCAUCUUCAUUGAAAGAGAAAAGGGAAUUCAUUUGAGUUAGGAUAGAUUAUAUAAGAUUGCAAUUGGAGUAGGACGCAGGAUUGAAUACUUACAUGAAGGGUGUGACAUGCAAAUUCUACAUUUUGAUAUCAAGCCUCACAAUAUUCUUUUGGAUGAAGACUUUACUCCAAAAGUUUCAGAUUUUGGCCUUGCUAAAUUGUAUUCAACAUAUGAAAGUAUUGUGUCUCUCACUGUAGCUCGAGGAACCUUAGGAUAUAUUGCUCCAGAGUUGUUUUAUAAAAAUAUUGGAGGUGUGUCGCAUAAAGCUGAUGUUUAUAGUUUUGGAAUGUUAUUGAUGGAAAUAGUGGGAAAACGGAGACAUGUGAGUGUACAUGAAGAGAAUCUAAAUGAAAUUUACUUCCCAUCAUGGAUUUAUGACAAAAUCAAGCAGGGAAAAGCCAUUGAAAUUGGAGAUGCCAAAGAAGAGGAUAUGAAAUAUAUAUUGAAGAUGGUCAUAGUUGCAUUGUGGUGUGUGCAGAUGAAGCCCAUGGACCGUCCUUCCAUGAGCAAAGCACUAGAGAUGCUAGAAGGUGAUGUUGAGCUCUUGCAAAUGCCUCCUAAGCCUACUCUUUAUUCUCAUGAAAUGUCAGCUGAGGAUCGGGAGAACAAUCCAGUUGAUGUAUCAAUUUCCUCAUGUAAUGCUAAUAUUACAAUUAGCCUAGAUGGAAGGUAACUUAACAUUGUAUCCACUUGCAAACUCUCUCUUGUUCUCUCUAUGGAUAUUAAUGCACUAGCUAGGCAGAACAAAGUUCCCUUUCUUUAUACAUUCUAUGGUAUACCCAGAGAAUGGAAUUGAUCAAAAUGAAUAAGUGAUGAACAUAAAAUAUGGAAACUAA